AUGAUCUCCCCGGUCUUGCUUGUGAUAAUUGCUAUCUUCCGUACGUCGCACAACCACUCUGGCACAUACGGAUCCCGCUAAUGAAGAGCUACAGUACCUCCAGUAGCAGUAGGAAUCGUAGCGGGCUGUAGCGCCGAUCUCCUCAUUAACAUCGCGUUGACCCUUCUUGGAUACUUCCCAGGUCACAGUAAGUCAUUAUACACAGGCAAUGUAAACAGGCGACUGACACUAUUGGCUCGCAGUCCACGCAUUCUACAUCCUAUACGUAUUCUACAAUCGCAAAGAGCAGAUCCAACAGGGCUAUAUGGACGAUCGACCCGCGCCGGGUAUCUAUUCGCAGAAGGUGCAGACUGGUGGACAAGGAUAUGGGACCAUGGGUCAUCAUUGA